GUGGGAAGGGCAUGCAUCUCGGGUGGGAGGCCGGGCCAGCUCCUCGCUCUUCCAGGCGGCAGAAGGAAGGGACGGACCUGCCUGCAGGUGCGCCAGGUUGGCCCACGGGGGGCUGUGCUUCACUAACACCAUGUUCUCAUCGCUCUUUCAGGGGAGGAUGGAGAGGACCAGGCCAGGGCAAGACAGUGAGCUGAGGCUCAUCCUCAUCGGGAAGAGCGGCGGCGGGAAGAGCGCCACGGGGAACACCCUCCUGGGCUGGCCGGAGUUCGAUUCCAGGCUGCAGGCGAGGCCGACGACCCAGGUCUGCCAAGGGUGCCGCGGGCAGUGGAACGGCAAGGCCCUCGUGGUGAUCGACACGGCGGACAUCUGCGGCCCCGAGGCCAGCACCGACGACCUGCCCUACGAGACCAGGCACUGCAUUGACCUCGCCCGGCCCGGCCCCCACGCGCUCGUGUUCGUGACCCAGGUGGGCCGCUUCACCGCCGAAGACAAGGCGGCUGCGAACCACAUCCUGGAAGCGUUCGGCAAGGAGGCUGCCCGGUACUUGAUCGUCCUGUUCACCCGCAGGGAAGAUCUGGGCACCUUCUCCGUGCAAGAUUACGUGGACCGGUCGGGGAACGAGGCUCUCUGGUGGCUGGUUGAGAAAUGCGGGAAUCGCGUCUGUGCGUUCAACAACAGGGCCGUGGGAGCGGAGCGGGAGGGGCAGGUGAACGAGCUGAUGGGGAUGGUGGAGAAAAUGGUGCAGGUGAAUACGAGAGCCAAGUCCAAGCCGUUCUUUGAGUCUUCCGCGAUGGAGGCGGCAUUCGGUGCCUACCUCGACCGAGGAAAGGCCAAGGGAGAAGACUUCUUCAGCCGCUUCUGCAGGUGGAUUCAGCGGCCGAGGGUCCUGCUGGGGUGUUUUCUGUCGGGGGCAUUUUUUCUCCUCCUCCUCUACUAUUCCUUGCCUGGGCACGGGAAGGAGCCCCAGGCAGCGAGCCGACUGUAGCCCCUGUAAAGGCCGUUAACUAUCUCGCGUUUAAGUGUCCACAGAAUGACGGAUGAACUAAUAAACUAAUUCGCAUAGUGA